AGCUAACGGUCCACAAACAGUACACCUGCCGGCGGUCUCAACUCAGCUGGAGAAGUGGACAUGAGGUUGGCAGGCCCCCUCCGCAUCAUGGCCCUAGUCAUCAUGGUAGGCCUCACAUGGAUCAUAGUCAGCAUCCUCCUGGGUGGUCCUGGCAGCGGCUUUCCUCGCCUCCAGCAACUCUUCUCCAGCCCAGAGAGCUCAGUGACUGCAGAGCCACGGGCUAAGAAGUACAAGUGCGGUCUACCCCAGCCAUGUCCUGAAGAGCACCUGGCCUUCCGCGUGGUCAGUGGGGCUGCCAAUGUCAUUGGGCCCAAGAUCUGCCUCGAGGACAAAAUGCUCAUGAGCAGUGUCAAGGACAAUGUGGGUCGUGGGCUGAACAUUGCCCUGGUGAAUGGGGUUAGUGGUGAGCUCAUCGAGGCCCGGGCUUUUGACAUGUGGGCUGGAGAUGUCAACGAUCUAUUGAAGUUUAUUCGACCGCUGCAUGAAGGCACUCUGGUGUUUGUGGCAUCCUACGACGAUCCAGCAACCAAGAUGAAUGAAGAGACCAGAAAGCUUUUCAGCGAGCUGGGCAGCAGGAAUGCCAAGGAGCUGGCCUUCCGAGACAGCUGGGUGUUUGUGGGAGCCAAGGGUGUACAGAACAAGAGCCCCUUUGAGCAGCACGUGAAGAACAGUAAACACACCAACAAGUACGAAGGCUGGCCCGAGGCUCUGGAGAUGGAAGGCUGCAUCCCACGGAGGAGCACGGCCAGCUAGCAUAGCUGGGCACCAACACCAGCCCAAGGGAGGCGUGUGCACUGCUCAGCAGGUGGGAGGUGGUACCACCAGGGCAGGGCCAGGGUCUACUCCCCACCCCUGGGAAAGAGCACUCCCUUGCCCCAACACAUGGGGCUCCAAGGCGCUGACCAGAGUGUGGCCUCAAGGUGGUGAGGCCUGCAGGGGCCGGCUGCAUCGUGCUUUGUCAUAGGAGCCCAGGUGCCCUGUGUCUUUCUUUGCCUAACACUGUUCCUCCUGGCUAGCCCCCACCUAGCCCAUUCCUCCUCUGUUCCCCACAGCAUCUCCUUCCCAGUUUCCAAGUGCCCUGGCUGGAAGGGUCUUUGGUAUUCACCCUCUUUACGUACAAGUCAGGUAGCAGCCAUCUGGCCAGUUGGUGCAUCUUCCAGAACCUCUCGCAGAGGUAUUCACUCCACUGCAGGCUGAACCUGUUUUCAGUGUGAUUCCUUUGGGUGAGACAAACUGUCAGCCACGCCGUGAAUGUAGCUGCCUCCUGCCUGCUCUCAACAGGAAGGGGCCCCCUGUGGAGCAGGCUGGCCUAGGGUGAGUGUAGCCAGAGCCUGAUCACAGUCCCUAUGGCAGCGUGUGGCAGCUCCUGUGGCUUGUCAGAGGGCCUACCUUCUAGAUGUUUUCUUAAUAAAUUGAUGCCCCCCCCAAUGGAAUAAA